AUGUCUUUUAACAACGGCAGUACUUAUUCAAAGAGUUAUAGCAGGAAUAAUAAGAGACCCCCGUUCGGAAAGAGGUCGCCACACCCCCAGUCUCUAUCGAGGCCACCGCCACCAAAGAGAAUACGGACUAAUAAUAGUUACCAGUCAAAUCUAGAUAAUGACUCGCCUCAAACGAUGGAUCCAACUGAUACACCAGCUCAUGCGAAAAGUCGCAAUAAUAAUAUCCUUUCCCGUUACAAUGACACAUCUUCCCAAACAAACUCAAGAUAUCAAGGUUCGAGAUACAAUAAUAACACAUCGUAUGCGGAUAGGUCCAACACUAUGAAGAGGGAUGAAACGAAAGCUGAAUUUCUAUCUCAUUUACCGAAGGGGCCUAAAUCUGUAGAGACGUCGAGAUAUAAUAAUUCACCAAUCACCACUAAUAAUAACAAUAAUAAUAAUAUUAAUAAUAGUAAUAAUAAUCGUACUACUACUUCUAAUUACCAAAAUAAUAGGGGUCAGGAAAUACGAUCUGCCGUGCCCAAGAAACCACAAGUAUCAGUUCUAACACAAGAAAGGAGCACUUCCGUCUAUCAAAGGAUAAUGCAAGUCGGGGAGGGAACAUAUGGUAAAGUUUAUAAAGCAAAAAAUACGAUAACAGGGAAGUUAGUAGCAUUAAAGAAACUAAGACUACAGGGGGAGAGAGAAGGCUUUCCUAUAACCUCUAUACGAGAAAUCAAAUUAUUACAAAGUUUUGAUCAUCCGAAUGUUUCUACUAUUAAAGAAAUAAUGGUAGAAUCUCAGAAAACCGUGUAUAUGAUAUUCGAAUAUGCUGACAAUGAUCUGAGUGGGCUGCUUUUGAAUAAAGAGAUCAACAUUUCCCAUUCCCAAUGCAAACACCUUUUCAAGCAACUCUUAUUAGGAAUGGAAUACCUGCAUGAUAGCAAAAUCCUACACCGUGAUGUCAAAGGUUCUAAUAUCUUAAUCGAUAAUCAAGGGAAACUAAAAAUAACAGAUUUCGGUCUGGCAAGAAAAAUGAACUCCAGGACGGACUAUACUAAUCGUGUCAUAACUUUAUGGUACAGGCCUCCUGAAUUACUACUAGGAACUACAAAUUAUGGAGCAGAAGUUGAUAUGUGGGGCUGUGGUUGUCUACUAGUAGAAUUGUUUAACAAAACUGCAAUUUUUCAAGGUUCGAAUGAAUUAGAACAAAUUGAAUCAAUUUUCAAAAUUAUGGGUACUCCCACAAUAAAGAACUGGCCAACGCUUUAUGACAUGCCGUGGUUUUUCAUGAUUAUGCCACAGCAAACAACCAAAUAUAAGAGCAUUUUUUCUGAAAAAUUCGAAAGUAUUUUGCCAUCUGCAAAAUGUCUACAGUUAGCAACUAAUUUGUUGUGUUACGAUCAAAAAAAGAGAUUUACUGCUAGUGACGCCUUGCAAAGCGACUAUUUCAAAGAGGAGCCCAAACCCGAACCUUUAGUUCUUGACGGACUUUUAAGCUGCCAUGAAUACGAAGUUAAGUUAGCGAGAAAACAAAAGCGUUCUAAUAUUGCAUCUAAUAACGUUAAUAACGCUAACAAUAAUAAGAGUAACACUAAUAAUGAUAAAUAG